GACCAAUGAGAGAUUAUAAUAAUAAUAGAAAAAAAAAGACGCAGUAUAGGAAAUAUAAUAAUGUCAAAUAUAAUAAGUAUAGAAAAAAUAAAUUCUAAUUCGUUUAAAAUAUUGGUAAAAACAGAUAAGCAAACCUUGUUAUUUGACAAUUUGAAAAAGUGAGUAAUAAAAAUUAUAAUAACAUUCAUUAGAAACAAAUAUGAUUGAGGGAACACGAAUUUUUGCUACUAAUGGAUCACAAACUAUAAUUAGAAAUCGUUUGAAUUCGGCGGAAAAAAGUUAUAUGCUUUUAAAAAAAAAAUCUGAUACUUUGUUGAUUCAGUUUAAAGAGGUAUUAUUUGAAUUAUUCGAAAAGAAGUCUUCACUAACAGAGGUUAUGGGGGAAGCUUCAUUUUCUUUAGCCGAAGUUAAUUAUAUAACUGGUAAUAUAAAUCAUUUAAUAUUGGAAUCAGUAAAUAAAGCUACAAUUAAAACAUUAAAACGAAAAGAAAUUAUCAUGGGUGUUAAUAUUGAAACUUAUGAAUAUUAUGAGGAAGGUUUAGAUCCUUUUCUUUAUACUGGUUUAGCUAGAGGAAGACAACAGGUGAUGAAGGUGAAAAAUAAUUAUCGAAAAGCACUAAAGCUUUUAAUUAAAUUAGCAUCCUUACAAUCUAGUUUUAUAAUAUUGGAGGAACAUUUAAAAGCGACCAAUUGCCGUGUUAAUGCACUUCGUUACAUUAUAAUACCACGAUUACAUACUAUUUUAACAUACAUCGCCUCCGAAUUAGAUGAACGUGAGAGAGAGGAAAUUUAUAGAUUAAAAAAAGCACGAACUCGUAAAAACAUGAUGCCAAAAAUAAUAAGAAAAUUAUCACCGAUCCAAUAUAUAAACGUAGUAAUAGAUGACACUGAUCAAGAUUUACUUUUCUAAACAUUACUUUUCUUAACAACGAGACUCCACUUCCACUUAAACAUUUACUAUAAAAAAUAUUUACCGAAUCGAAUAAUGAAUCUUGAAGAGAAGGAAUAUAAAAACGACAAUGAAAACGAUCGAUCAAAAUAGAUCUACAUAUUUAAGAAUCCAUAUUGCAACAGUACCUUGCAUACUUACCUUCUUCGUAAACAUUAAAUAUAAAAAAAAAAUAUAUAUAUCCAAUAAAAUUACCAUAAUAACAAAUCCCAUAGGAAUCGCGAAGUAUUAAGAAAUUCGAUUUUUUUGAAAGACGUGGAAAGGACGACGAAAAAAAAGAAAAGAAAAGAAAAGAAAAAGAAAAGAAAAAGAAAAGAAAAAAAAAGAAAAAGAAAAGAAGAAAUAUAUUGAAUACAUUGUUGUUAUUGGAAGAAUAAGAGGGUAAAAAAGAAGAAGAAGAAGAGUUGAAGAGACAGGCACAUGGAAUUUUUCACGUUGCCUCCGAUGAAACGAGUUACGAAAGAUUUCUCUACUGGAUAGGAGGGAGUUCUUCUCCUCGUUUCGGAAGCUCCUACACUUGGAAGACUUUCUUGGACCAGCAGAAAGGACUUUAGGAGGGUCGUGAGGAGAAGCAACCCAGGCUGCUCUCUCAUUAUCAUAUCCCAGUGUUUGGCGGCGGUUAAGGUUGGCUUUAUGGGGCUGUAUUUUCUUCGUAUAAUUGGGCUUCGCGCUCCGGUGCCUCUUUCUCCAUCUCGUCUUCUCUCAUCGUCUUUUUCGUUUCUCUUACUCUCUGUUACUGCAUCUUUUCUCUCUCUCUCUCUCUUUUCUGUCUGCCGUGUAUAUGCCACAGUGCCUCGAGCAUUUAUUAUACUUCGACCAGCAACCAUCUCUCUCUCUCUUUCUCUCUGUCUGUCUUUCUUUCUUUCUCUUUUUCUUUCUCUCUUUCUCUCUAUUUUUCUGUAACCUUUUUUUUCUCUAUUUUUAUUUCCAUUUCCUUCUUCCCUUUCUUUUUUCUUUCUUUCUUUCUUUCUUUCUUUCUUUCUUUCUUUCUUUCUUUCUUUCUCUGCUUUUUGUAAUUUAUUAUCAUUUAUUGUCGUCUAAAUAAUAACGACCCGUUCAAAGAAUCAUUUUAUCAUUUUUCAUUUAUUCGUUUAUUUUAUUUUCUUUUUUUCUUUCUUUCUUUCUUUUUUUUUUUUUAUUUCAUCUGUUCUUACUACGACAUAAAAGAAAAAUGUAAAGAUACGAACAAAGAUGGAUUAUUAAUGUUGUUUGUUUCAAUUGAUUUUGAAAUAUAGAUUUGGAUUUGUCAAUGAGAUAAAAUGAUUGCUACUGGUUUCAAUCGUUUUUAUAAAAAUUUUUAUAUUAAAUGUUUUUUUCUUUUAAAGAAAUUUUCAAGAUCAGGAACACGUUACAUAGAAAUUUUUUUUUGAAAAUCAAGUUUUUUUAUACGAUUUUAUCAGUUGCAUCGUCACGGCACGUGGCAUUAGAGUGGGGUGACAAAGAUGAAGUUCGUGAAGAGGGGGGAAGUAAACAGAUGCCGCCACUGGCGAUCGUAGCGACGCUCCUUGGCAGGAUAACGAAAGUCAGUAUUACGAGAACCCCGGUAGAGAGUGGUUGUUUUUCUCCGUGACUUCAUUAAAAUUGACACGCGCUUUUCACGAAUUCGUUUUGUUCACAAACUCGCAUUGUUUAUCGUUUCUUUUAAACGAUUCAGUGAUUUUUUUUUUCUUUUUUGAAUAGUUAUGUCAAAGAAUUUACAGUGAACUUAUGAAGAAACGAUCGAUAUGCGUAUAUAUCGAUAAAUCGUCGAUAAAAUUAAUGGCGAAAAUAAAGGACGAUUUACACGAGAAUGUGUGAUUAAUUUCUCAACAAUUCAUCGACGAUUUUUUAUAAACACGUAGAAUGUAAAAAAGAAGAAAUCAAGAAAAUAUUAUAUUUGUUCAGUAGGAAUUGUUCAAUUGAAUUGUUCGUUUGAAAAUUUCGAGAGUGAUCGUUGUAACGUAUUUCGUAUUCGAGAUUUUUUCGAUUUCCAAAGAAAUCCUAUUUCUUUUUUUUUUAACGUUGGCACGUAUGUACAGUGUUAGAAUUAUAAACGGAAAUGUAAACGAAAAUACGCGGUAGAAAAGAGUGUGGAAAGGGUGGCGGGUAAGAAAAAUCAUCAGACGAAGGCGCCUCGGAUCGGUGAAUGUAAACAAAAAGACGUGAGACAGCAUGCCGACGAAUCGUUAAAAAAAAAAAUAAAAAAUAAAAAACAAGAAAAAAAAAAGAUAAAACCGAGUCCAAGGAAAAUUGAACGGAUAAAAGUGGCCGUUCUAUCUUUCCCUCUCUCUUUUUUUUUUUUAUUUUUUUAUUUUAUUAUUCUUUUAUGACCAACGAAAAUGUCGUGAAAUUAUAAAAAAGAAAAAACAAAACGAAGAGAGAGAGAGAGAGAGAGAGAGAGAGAGAGAGAGAGAGAGAAGAUACGAAGUUGUCCAUAGUAAAAAGUAUUUUUGUAGAGAAAAAAAAAAACUUGAUUAGAGAAAAAUGUGGUGGUUCUUGUUAUUGAUAUUCUUGCAAAGGAUGCAACACGUUCGUGGUGCGUGCGAGCCCAUAAGGAUAGAAAUGUGUCGUGGUUUGGGUUACAACGUGACCGCCAUGCCGAAUUUGGUGGGCCACGAGAUUCAAGGAGACGCCGACUUCACCCUACAAACGUUUAGCCCGUUGAUUCAGUACGGAUGCAGUGCUCAACUUCAUUUAUUCCUUUGCUCGGUAUACGCACCAAUGUGUACAGAAAAGGUACCAUCACCGAUCGGUCCUUGCAGAGGUUUAUGCGAACAAGUUAGAGCUAGAUGCUUUCCAGUUCUUCAAGGUUUUGGUUUUCCUUGGCCAGCAGCUUUAAAUUGUUCCAAAUUUCCACCGGUGAACAAUCAUCAACAUAUGUGUAUGGAAGGACCAGGUGAACCAGGUCCUGCUAAUCCUAUCCAGGCAGUCGGUGCCGGUGGUGGACCUUGGGGCUGUUCGUGGUACGCCAAGUCUGGCUUAUACGUGUUUCUAAAUCGUUCUGGAAGAUGCGCAGCAGCUUGCGAUGCAGAUAUACUUUGGUCGCAAAAGGAUAAGAAAGCUACGGAAGCUUGGAUGGCAGCAUUUGCUACGGUUUGCCUGAUUUCCGUCACUAUUGCGAUCUUAUCAUUGUUGAAGCCAAGAAAACAAUCUACUGUUAUGAGUACAGCUGAGAAAGCAAUUACAUGUCUCGCCGUUUGUCAUGGGAUCGUUGCAGUAGGUUACGUGAUUCGAUUAGCUGCUGGCAGAUUGACCGUAGCUUGUACCCCUGCAAUUCCGUUACAUCCCCAAGAUCAAGUGGUUAUAUCUCAACAUCAACAACAAUAUCUGACCCAGGAUGGAUUAGCUAAUCCUUAUUGCGCUGUUAUCUUUCUCUUGUUAUAUUAUUUUGGGAAUGCUGCUAUCGUAUGGUGGGUCAUCGUCUGUGCAUGGUGGUGCAUAGUCGCGAGAAAAUGGUCGCGAACAGCAGGUAAUUGCAAGGAGGAUAGUUUCGGUCUACAGCAGGGAUUCUCAACCGUGGGAGCGGUUGCAGCAUGGGGACUUCCAGCUGCUCAUACGAUCGCUGUUUUGGUCACUAGGGAUGUCGAUGCCGAUGAGCUAACGGGAAGUUGCUUCGUAGGACAACAAAAUGCCCGAUCUCUUUUGGUUCUCGUAUUAAUACCACAAUUCGUUUAUCUAUGUCUGGGUACAACGUUCCUUCUUGUCGGUAUAACGUCUCUUUUAUUACCAAGGCCAUUGGUCACACCAAGCUCCGUUGUAAACGCACUUCAACAACAACAACAUCAACAACAACAACAACAACUACAACAACAACAACAUCCCAAUCCAUUGAUCAGACAAAGAGAUUCGUCAAAGUCACCGGGUGAAAUACAUAGGAGACAUAAAAUUUUGUUAACUAGAGUCGGUCUCUUUGCUACAUUUUAUGCAGUGACAAUGUUUUGUUUAACCAGUACAACCUUUUACGAAUGGUGGGGUCGUGAAAGAUGGCUCAGAGCACCAGAACCAUCGAGUUCACCCAGAGUACCGUCGAAACCUCUCGUUCAGUUUUUCGUUCUUCGAUUAGUAGCUUCUUUAGGAAGUGGCAUAGUUACAGCUGCUUGGAUUUGGUGGCCUAAUUUAAUGAACGUUUGGAGACGUUUACCACCUUGCAAACAACCACCUCACAAGUGUCAUCCUCAUGGAGUACCUGUACCCGUAGUACAUUGUUUCAAUCCGGGUUCUACAAGUCCAACGCCACAUCAAAUUCAUCAUCUCGGCCAUUUGGCUCCACCGCAGCAUUCACUUCUACAUCAACAUCAAAUCGUUAGUAAUUCGUCGUCUAGUAGUCAUAGAAGUCAUAAGAAACAUAGGAAACAUAGAAAGUAUCAUAGUGGUAGCGAAACACAAGUAUAAAUAUUUUUAUAUUAUGGAUAAUGAAAUUGAUAAACUGUAUGUACCUAUUUUUUAAUCUUUGCCAUAAUAGUUGUUUUUCUUUGUAAAGACUGUACGUUGACGAAUGUACUAUAUUAUUCGCUCUUUUAGGAUCUAAAUAAGCGAAUUUAGUUUUUCUCUGUGUCAUUUAAUUUUUACAAGGAGAAUGCAUAGGAGAUGAUGAUGAUAAUGAUGCAUGAGAGGCUGUAUAACAUAUCGUAAUAUUACGAAUCUGAUGUGUAUUUUA